UAAUUUCAAAAGGCGAUGAAUAAUAGAGACGGUUGGUGAUUGUCCUGUUGUAUUUAUGACCUACGGUUGUGGCGUCAGGAUUCGGCAUUGUCAACAUCACACCACUCCGCCGCAUAUUUAUCAGACCACUUGCGCUCUCACUCAACUCUCUCUCUCAACUCACACACACACACUCUCUCUCACACCACCUCACAAUUCCCAUAUCCACUAUUCCCUCACCUUAGCAAGGGUUUACUAUAUAUAACACACACGCAACAUACUCCAAUUCCCUUCCAUUGCCGUCUCCAUCUCUCCAUCUCUCCACUCGCCAUGCUCUCUCGAACAAGCUCCCGGGCUGCUAGCUCUCUUCUCCGCUCACCAACGACCACCACCACUCUCCUGCCCACUAUCAUAGCCUCCACCGCUCUCCGCACCCAAUCACCUUCUUCAAACCCUAGAAAUCUGCGAUGCGAAACCUCAGUGAAAGUCUACUAUCGCCAGCUACACAACACGCCUGCACUUCGCAAGGGCAUAACACCCCAUUCCGCUGACCCCGCUCCGCCCAAUCCCGAGCCGUCAAGCUCGAAUAUCGCCGGCGGAGCGAACCAUGUGACGCACCCAACGCCAUUGGCGGAGGAGCAGUAUCGCGAAUAUGCGGAGGAGUAUUUUAACGUCCUCCUGACGAAGGUGGAGCAAUUGCAAGAGAAUGGGUCGGAUAUUGAGGCGGAGUAUAGUGCCGGCGUAAUCAACAUAACCGUCCCAGACGUCGGCGUCUACGUGCUCAACAAACAACCACCCAACAAACAAAUAUGGCUCAGCUCGCCCGUCUCAGGGCCCAAACGUUACGACUGGGUAGUCCAGGGGGACCACAUGGAUGAGAAGGAAGGCACGCGCGAGUUCAUCAAGGGCCAGUGGAUAUAUCUACGCGACGGCUCGAAUUUGACCACCCUGCUGAAUAAAGAGCUGGGCUUGAGCAUGGAGUAUGAUGUGUAUGGAGAAAGGGAGAUUUAGACAGAGAGCCCUGGGGUUCUUGCCCGGGGAGGGGAGGGCUCGUUGGUUAGUUACUGGUUGUAGUUGAUGUUAUUACGCUGUCACUGUAUGUACAUACUUUAUGUUUUUAAGCCAUGAAUGGAACAAUGGAGCAUGGAGGCGAUGGAGAUCGAGAUCGAGAUCGAAAUCGAGAGCGCCAUCCAUAUCGACGAUAUUUCGCAUGCUGUGCGCUAUUUCCUGCAUUCUGAAUUGCUUUUGUUGUAUUAUUUAUAUAUUGCAUAGAGAAAAACAGAUAUUUCCGUAUAGGGUAUUUCAAAGUGAGAAAUUGACAUUGAAUCUGAAGAAAAUUUGAUCAACCGUAUCCCAAAAAAAGAAAAGAAAAAAAAAAUGGGUAACGACAAUGGUAUCCACAUCUUUCACGGAGUCAACCACACAUGGCCUCGCUUCUAUUUUCCUUUCCAUGCCGCAUCCAUAUUCUCUUCCCCCCUCGCAGCCGUUGGUCUAGACACGAACGUAGCUAGGUGUCUGUAUGAUGGUUGGAAGCGCGGAGUAUCC